AUGUCCCGCAAUAUCAGACAAAUGACAAGUUCCAAUAGGAAUCUCGGCCCCGCUGGCGCCUUGGGCAGCGCUAGCAAAGGGGCACCUGACAUUCUCCCAUCCCUCUUCUCUACGACUAUUCAUCACGAUAUCGAUAAUCCGACUUGUCCCGCUCUUGCCGUUGCAAGAGUUGGCGGUACUGGAGGACAAAUCUACGUUUAUUCGGAUGAGCCCGUCGACUCUGUCAGUGGGCCGCCAAGGGGCGUGAGAGACUCCUUGAUGUCCUACCUGUUAUCGUGCUCUCAUCCUGCGACUGUCAAGCAGGACUCUCGGAUCCAUCAACCUGUACCACAAGAUCAUCAUACCCUUCCUUUGACGCCUCCGUCAUCUUAUACCCCCAAUGUGAACAUUCCUCAAGCUUCCGCCGUUGUAAAUCAUCUUGAUCGAAGACAAUCCCUCCCUCUCACGCCAGACUCCAUCCCGACCGACGAGCCAAUGAUUCAGUCUCUUCCCAGCCCUCAAACUUGCCCCUCUCCGCCUCCUAGAAUGACGACGCAUGUGUCCAUCCAAUUGGUCAAUGACCUUUUUCCUCGACAAGCCAGUCAAUUUGAUACUUGUACCCAUGCGCUGGAAAUUGUCACUCCGCCUGAUCAUAUCACCCAGGGAUUCAUUCUCGACCACCAACUCUAUGGUCGAUCCGUGUAUAUCCACCUUCGUCCACCUCAUUCCGCUUCGGAUCGACCUGAAGAUCUCUCUGCAAAUUUUUCAGAAGUUCUUAGACCUCACGAUCCAUCCCGUAUGCGAGGGACGAGUCCGGACGAUGAUUUGGCCGAAAGUCAGGCAUUGGAUAUCAGAGAAUCCCUCACGGCAUUACUGGAUCUGGCCUCAGACUCUCUAGACGCGAAGAAUUUGAUCCUUGUCCUUGACAAGAGCGACCGAGAUCUGGGAGGUCUAGAUGAACUGCUCCAUUCGCUCAUGUUUGUCGGAGGUCAAGUUGUCAGACCUGGUUUACUGGAAGGAGGCUGGGAUUGGGAUUCCAAUCGCUGGGUCUUGGUCGGGAUCGAGUUGUAA